AUGGACAAAAGUUGGAUGGAGAAGCGGAGGGGUACAAGGGAAUAUUUUGAAGGUGUAAACCAAUUCGUGGAAUUUGCUGCUCCAUCCGCGCGCAAUGGGACGAUCUUAUGUCCUUGUGUGAAAUGUGUGAAUUUGCUUAUACAACCGCUAAAUGUGGUACGUGAGCACUGUUGGGCUUCGGGGAUGCUUAAAAAUUACAAAGUUUGGAAAUUUCAUGGUGAAUCGGCGGCUGCUACGCCAGCUACCGAAUGUGGGAGCUCUCAUGUGCAAGAAACCCAAAAUCCAUAUGGUGAUUUCCAUGGGAUGUUGCACGAUUUGUGCCCCCCGCAUGAAAUCCCACCCGAACCAAUGGAAGAAGGUCCAACUGCGCAAUGUCCGGGUGAAGGUCCGAAUGAUGACGCCAAGAAGUUUUACAAGAUGGUAGAUGAUGUAGACAAACCUUUAUAUGAAGGUUGUACAAAAUUUAGCAUUUUCUCAGCCAUUGUCGUGUUGUUCCAGUUGAAGACUCUGUGUGGUUGGACAAAUAAGUCAUUUACUCUGUUGCUUCAAGUCCUGAUGGAUAUGCUUCCUUCAGACGCUAAGUUGCCAAAGGACCAUUAUGAGGCUAAGAAGAUAGUUCGAGAUUUGGGUUUGGGUUAUGAGAAGAUCCAUGCUUGUCCCAAUGAUUGUAUGCUGUUUUGGAAGCAAAAUGUUAACCUCGAAGCGUGUCCUUGUUGUAAAGCUUCAAGGUGGAAAACAAAUGAGGCAUCUGUUGCUAGUAAGCAUGCUUCAUCCAGUAAGGGGAAGAAGAAAGCUGCGAAGAUCCUACGGUGGUUCCCCUUAAAGCCAAGAUUGCAGCGACUAUUUCUGUCACCCGAUCUGGCUAGUUCUAUGAAAUGGCAUGUUAAUGGUCGUACCGAUGAUGGGGUAAUGCGGCAUCCUGCUGACUCAGAUGCAUGGAAAACGUUUGACAGUAAGCAUUUACACUUCUCAUCUGACCCUCGUAAUGUCAGACUUGGAUUAGCUGCGGAUGGGUUCAACCCCUUCGGAAUUAUGAGCACUAGUCACAUUAUUCCUGGUCCUACCUCGCCAGGGAUUGCUAUAGAUGUGUACUUGGAACCGUUAGUAGAAGAACUAAGGGAGUUAUGGGAUGUUGGAGUACAAGCAUACGAUGCAUCUUCAAAAGAAGUAUUCCAAUUGCGUGCAGCAUUGAUGUGGACCAUAAAUGAUUUUCCUGCAUACACAGAUUUGUCGGGUUGGAGUACCAAAGGUGAGUUGGCGUGUCCUUCUUGUGCGAUGCAGACCGAGUCUCGAUAUUUGAGAAAUGGUCGCAAAUUCUGUUACAUGGGACAUCGGCGAUGGUUGGAUGUUAACCAUGAUUUCCGCAAAGAUGGUAUGUCAUUUGAUGGAUCUAUUGAUACUCGAUUGGCUCCUGAACCACCAGUCACGUCUGACAUUAUUGUGGAAACUGAACAUUUACUUAGACGUUGUCUGGGUAGGAAAUGUCAACUUGCUUACAAAAAAAGGAAGAGAAGGGAGGCAGACCAGAGUGGUUGGAAGAAAAAGAGUAUAUUUUUUACCUUGCCUUAUUGGGAGGAUCACAAGUUGCGACACAAUCUUGAUGUGAUGCAUAUAGAGAAGAAUGUGAUGGACAAUAUAAUAAGCACACUGUUGAACUUGAAGGAUAAAACGAAGGAUAAUUACAAGGCACGCCUUGACUUGGCGGACAUGGGGAUAAGGAGUGAACUCCACCUACAACGAAAAAGUGAUGAUCAGUACACCAUACCGGCUGCAUGUUUUCAUAUGACUUCAUCGGAGAUAGAUGGUUUCUUGCAAGUUUUGAAGGAUGUAACAGUGCCCGAUGGGUAUGCUUCCAAUAUCUCACGCCGUGUGAAUAUGAAAGAACGCAAGAUUUCUGGUUUGAAGAGUCAUGAUAAUCACAUAUUGAUGCAGCAACUUUUUCCCAUAGCAUUACGUGGGUCUUUGCCAUCUCAUGUUAGUAGGCCUUUGAUAAAGUUAGCUUGCUUCUUUAGAGAAAUUUGUUCCAAAACCCUUACGGUUUCAGAUAUUGUGACUAGUGAGGCAGAGAUUGCAGUGACAUUGUGUGAAUUGGAAAAGAUAUUUCCUCCAUCCUUCUUUACAGUGAUGGUACAUUUGGUCAUGCACUUAGCUGCUGAAGCUAAGAUUGGUGGUCCAGUGCACUACCGUUGGAUGUAUCCCAUUGAGAGGUAA